UACAACAAUAAUACUAAUUGUUAAUUAUUAACAAAAAAAACAACAUUUAAAAAAUGGGAAAUGGUAAAUACGCUAGAAAAAAAACUGUCCAAAGUCAUGGAAUGAAAAAAGGAUGUAAAUCAAAAAGAAAAACAAAAGAUCUUGAUGAGAUUGAUGUUGAUCUUGAACAGAAAAAUGUUACUAAAUUAAUAAAUCAACCAAUUGAUCUUGAUAAACCUGGUGCUGCACAAUUUUAUUGUCUCCAUUGCGCACGUUAUUUUAUAAAUGAUCGAGCAUUGACUGAUCAUUUCAGAACAAAAGUACACAAGAGACGACUCAAAGCACUUGAACAACAACCUUAUUCGAUUGCUGAAUCUGAACGUGCUGCUAGUCAUGGUAAUUGGGUUGUUGCUGGAAAAAGAAAAAUUCAAACAAUAACACCUGUAUCAUUUAAAGGUAGAAAUAUCUAUCAAGAAUUUAAAGACGCUACAGCUAUGCAAGUUGAAGCAUAA